CGAGUCUCGAGCCCGUCUAAGCCGCAUACGUGGCUCGGCCUGCAGCGAGCAGAGACCAAGAAAGCCUCGCCGCCGUCGCCCCGUCCCCGACAACCACCUCUGCGCAUCGCUCGCCGGCGGCGGGGGCACACCAGCGGAGCGCGCGGCCAGUGCAACGACGCGCGGAUCCAGCGCGGGACAGCUCAGCCAGCUAUCUCGCCCCUCCGACCAACGCCUCGACCUCGACUCCUCCCCGCGGCUCGCCGUCUUCCACCCAAGGUCGACGAGAUCUGCCUCCUCACCGUCAACACCACUACAGUCCACAGGUUUCCGCCCGGCGAGGGUUGCAUUUUUAGAUGAAGCACAUAUUCAAGAUCAUCGCGGUCCUGGCGGCAAUCUCCGCUGUCUGGGUUGCGCUCCUUGAAACCUCAACCGUACCUCGCAGUUAUACUUGGUUGCUUCCCAUCUACUUGGUAGUGGCGCUUGGAUGCUACGGCCUUUUUAUGGUUGGAUAUGGGCUCAUGUUCUUCCCAACCUGCCCUCAAGAAGCAGUGUUACUACAGCAGGAUAUUGUGGAGGCAAAGGAAUUCCUAUCAAAAAGAGGUGUUGAUGUGAGCUCUGAUUGAGGUCAAUACCGACGAUUUAUGUUUCGUGACCAGUUUGAAGCUUCCUGGAUACCAUAUAGAAAAAAUAUGGCAUUUCACCAUGUCUAGAUAUUUGUUACUAACGCAGUUUUUAUGAGUGGCAUGUUACAAUUGUAGAUUUUUUAGUUCAGUGGAUGGCUUGUCACGAUACUAGUUAUGUCACGAGAACAGUGUGAGAACAACUAAUUAAUGGUUUGUUAACAAGUCCAUCAGUGUUCAAGACAUGUCUGCUAUUUUACAAUCUGGUUUUCAUCA